ACCUGCGACAGUCCUCGCUCCUGUCUCUAUACUUCAGGCUCCUAUGUAUUAUCUAUUCAGGCCGAUGUUUUUAUCAAGGCAAGUACGUAUUUCCUCUCUUCAAUUUUGGAAUCUUGUGGCCUUUAGCUGACUCUCUACAGAUACUUGUUGAAUUGAUAUCUUCAUUUUUUCUAUUCUUUCCCUUUACCAUCUCCACCAUUUCCAAUACCCUACCAUUUCAAUCAUUUCUCCCAUCCCUCAACCAUUUUCACUCCUAUGGCCUUUGCCAUUCUCAAAUUCUUUACUAUCUUAAUCAUUUUAUUAUCCUUACUACUCUCACUCUUCUUUUCUCUAUCAUCAUCCUUACCACCCUUACUACUUUCUUAAAUAUUAGUCCUCUAAUAAAGGUAUACUGAUUUUAAUUAAUAUAGGUAUGUUAAUUAUACUAGUAGAUUCUAACUAUUACAAUCUCAGCUAACUUGAAUCUAUAUUAAUAAGAGCAUUUAAAAAUAGUACUCAAUUCCAACAUUCUGGAAAGAGUACUAGUUAUACUUUCUAAAGAAAGUAUUAACAAAAACCAUUGGAGAACUAUCCUUGGAUUGCUCCUGGAUGGUUACUAGUAGGAGUAGUUCCUGUGGGUUGACUUCCAAUAAACCUUUUAACUUUCUUAUUACUCAUUUUCAAUAUUUUCUCUACCUUCUAGUACACCUUUCAUACCCCUUGAGCAAUUGUGGAAUUUUAAUAAAAAUUGUCAGAGUACUUUCAACAAAUGGUACACUGGUAGAGAUACUGUCAAGGUGGACAUUGGUCUAUUAAGUCGUAGUACUUAUAGAAGGUUUGUGAUACUAUAUUUCUAGUUUUUACUUAUAUAUAUUUACUAACAUAUAAAGACUUAAAUAUUAGUUUAGUCAUUUUCUACUAGUAGGUACUAGUUCUACUAAGAGAGUUGACAGCUAUUGACCACUACCUAGUUGGUGGCCUGGGUUUGGACUGGUAAACUUGAAGAAUUAUAAUUAUUCUAAAAUAAUAUUUACUCCUUGAUCUGAGUUAGGAUAGUACUUAUAGAAG